UAACGUUCCCGCUUGGGGGCGCGCGCCCAGGUAGCGGGCUCCUCCUGGUGCUCGCUCUCGCCUCCUGCGGAUGUUGGGGGAGGGGAGGGGCAGGAGUGACACGUGACCCUGCCCCUCCCCCCCUCUGGCCAGGCCUGGCCUCGAGACCGGAAGCUGCUUCUGAGGCUCCAAGGGGAAGUUGAGGCCGAAAGGGGGAGGGGAGAGCCUCAGUUCUCCCUCUGGGCUCCGCCCGAACUAGGAUCUCCGCCCCAGGCAUGGAGCUGCGGGAGGAGGACUGGUCCCCCGAGCCCCUGGACUCCUCGGAGCAGCAGAUGGCCAGCCGCGAGCACCCAGUGGACAUCCUCCUCCUGGACGAUGACGAGGAUGAGCCCAGCUGGCCCCCUCCCAAGCCCUCCCCGCCGCCGCCUCCCAUCCCUCCCUCGGGGCCCGGGGGCCGGCCACGCCCACCGGCCCCCUACAUCUGUAACGAGUGCGGCAAGAGCUUCAGCCACUGGUCGAAGCUGACGCGCCACCAGCGCACGCACACGGGCGAGCGGCCCAACGCCUGCACCGACUGCGGGAAGACCUUCUCCCAGAGCUCCCACCUGGUCCAGCACCGGCGCAUCCACACGGGCGAGAAGCCCUACGCCUGCUCCGAGUGCGGCAAGCGCUUCAGCUGGAGCUCCAACCUCAUGCAGCACCAGCGCAUCCACACGGGCGAGAAGCCCUACGCCUGCCCCGAGUGCGGGCGCAGCUUCACCCAGAGCAAGAGCCUCGCCAAGCACCGGCGCUCCCACAGCGGCCUCAAGCCCUUCGUCUGCCCCCGCUGCGGCCGGGGCUUCAGCCAGGCCAAGAGCCUGGCCCGCCACCUGCGGCUGCACCCCGAGCUGGCCGCCGAGGGCAAGGCGGCCGCCCGCAGAGCCAGAGCCGCCGUGGUGGCCGAGGUGGAGGCCGAGGUGGCUGCCGCCGCCGCCGCCGCCGCUGCCGCCGCCGCCGCCGCCGCCUCCAUGGGGGGAUCCGCGGUGGAGGAUGGAGACGCGGCCGCCGCCGGGGAUGGGGGGGGGCUGGCCUCGGGCCGAGCUCGGGAUGAGAAGGAGCUGGGGGAGAGGGUGAUUAAGGUGGAGGUCGGGGCCGGCGGGGUGGUGUCCCGGCCGCGGCGAGCCCCCACUCUGAAGCCUUACGUGUGCGUGGAGUGCGGCAAGGGCUUCCUGCAGGGCGCGGAGCUCCUGGCCCACCAGCGGGCCCAGCACGGGCUGGGGAGCUGGGAUGGGGGGGUGAAGGAGGAGGAGGACGGGGGGGAGUCCGCAGCCGGGGAGGAGCCCGCCCACAUCUGCGUGGAGUGCGGGGAGGGCUUCGGCCAGGGGGCCGCCCUGCGGAGACACAAGAAGACGCACGCCGUGGGAGCGCCCCUGGUCUGCCAGGUCUGCGGGCAGAACUACUACGGGGCCGCCGGGGUCGUGGACGAGGGCCGCUGUAGCGAGUGCCGGGUCCGGUAGGGGCGGCGGGGCCCGGGGGGAGGGCUCCUCGGGCUGGGAGAGAGAGAGAGAGAGAGAGAGCGCAAUCGAGCCAGACCAAGAGACACUCAGCGGGAGUUAGACAUAGUGAAUGACGGGCGGCGGGCGGAGGGGAGCUCCUCCUCCGUCCCCCCCGGUCUGAGAUAGGGGACUUGGGGCGUCUGGGCACGUGGGGCGGAGCCACGGCGGAUCCUCUGGUGCUGUGCCUCCCCUCCCUCCUCCCCUCCCUGGGCCCAAAAGACAGAUAGACACAGUGAGAGAGAGAGAGACCGAGACAGGCCCCCCGCCCCCUGUAAUCUGGGGACCCCUGCGAGAAGGGGAGAGAUCUCCCCUCCUCCCUGAGCCAAGGGGGGGAGCAAAGAGGAAAAGGAGUCCCUUUUCUCUCUCAUUUAGCAUUUUAUUUUAGUUCUCUUACCCCCUCCCUCCUCUCAGCCCCUUCCCCUCCUCCCUUUUCUAUUCCCAAUCUCUACUCCAUUGGGGGUUCUCCCUCCCCUUCCUCCUCUGGGGCAGCCGUGCUGAUCUGCCCAUCCCAGGCAAAGUUGGGGGAGGGGGAGUUGGGAACAAUAAAUGGAGCCAUCAGAUUGUC